AUGUCCAGCCGUGGCUUCGGUGCCACGCCCUCGGGCUCGGGCCUCCGCUCCCUCUCCCAGCCUGUCCCCAUCAACCCUCCCUCCUCGUCGCCCUCGCUCGCCCGCUCCGCCCGCAUUCCCCAGCCCAUAUUCUCCGCAUCCCAACCGACACCUGCCACGCCAGCACGCGCAAACAGGCCGACAUGCUUCGAGUGUGGCACUCACCGCAUGCGCGUGCGCAGGGGACAGCUCAUCUGCAAGUACGGCCACGUACAGCACAACUUCCGCAUCGAACAUGCUUUCGACGACGAGUUCGAAGAGAGCCAGCGCACAACAGCGAGGCGCAAAAUGACCAGGGCAAAAAGGAAGCGCACAUUCACAUCGAGGAGGACCGGCGCUGUCUCGGAGCUCGAAGACGACGACGACGAAGAAGACGACGACGAUGACGAGACGGCCCAUGAUCUGUCUUACCUCGACGCCUCCGACGGUCAGCACGGUCGUAAGCGCAGCCGCAGCCGCAGUCGCAGGAGCAGAAGCAGGGGCAGGUCUACCGCCUACCGAGCAGGCACGGGCACAGACGCAAAGAUGCAGGGCAGGUUCAAGCGACUCCAGUGCCUCCAGCUCAUCCUUCGCAUGCAGCUCCACCAGCUCAACCACCACUUUGGCGGCAACCUGCCCCCCGAGACCGAGACCGUCGCACGAGAGCUGUGGGCUCUGCUCGUAGCAUCCCUCCCCGUAUCCGAGUUCCCGCCCGAACCCCUGGUGGCGGCCACCUUCGACUACCGCGCCACCCACGACAUCGACGACGACCGCGACCACAUCCGGACCGACCGCGGCACAGAGCCCAUCUACGACGUCCGACACGACUUUGAGCUCGAAGACAGGCUCGCAGAGAGGGACCGUCGCAAGCGCAUCGAGGCAAAGAGGCAGCAGCGCAAACGCAAGGGCGCCUUUGAGCCCGAGUCCGAUGCCCAGACCAGCGGCACGGAGGGCUUCACCGACGACGACCACGCCCCGGGCGACCUACAGGACCCCGAGGACAUGCUCGCCUCGCUCGAUCCCGUCUUUGCAAAGGAGCGCCGCGACAAGCGACGGCGCGAGGGCAGCCAAGGCGCCCAAGGGGACGGCAUGCGCUCCGACAGCGACCAGGACGACGACGACGACGACGAAGACGAAUACGACGGCGACGGCGAUGGCCAUGGCCAUGGCGAGGAUGAUGCAGGGCGUCAAGGAUCGCAAACAAGCUCCCGCAGGUCCGGCUGGCGUCGGAAGCAGGGCAGGCGGAGGCUCGCGCCCAUCUACAAGCCUCGCAGCGCCGAAACGACCGAUGCCGAGAGCGAGUGGUCCGAGGGCUACCGCUCCGCCGGCGCGUCAUCGACGGCAUCGAGGCGGCAAGCACGGCAGACCGGGUCCCGCCGGCUCCAUCCGGGCGGCAGCGGCAUCGGAGAGAAGCGCAGGCUGAUGAAGUUUGCGUCUCUGCCAUCGACGCUCGCCAUCCUCUACCUGACGCUGUCCAAGCUGCAGAUCCCGAUCCUGUGGGGCGACCUGACCGAGCUGGCCGCCUCGUACCGGCUCACGUUCCUGGAGGCGGUGCAGCGGCUGCCGCCGGACCUCGUCCUGCUGCUCAACGCCGACGACGUCCGGUACGGCAAGCUGGACGUGUCGAGCGUGCCGGCAAUUUCCUCGCUCAACGUCCACGCGGCCAAGCUGGCGACGCUGCUGCACGUCAACUUUGGCAUCACAUUCGAGGAGCCUAGCGGCGCCGUCAUGCUAUGGCGCCUCGUCGACGGCAUGGGCCUGCCUCCGACCAUUUACUGCGCGGCCAAGCGCCUGCUCAGCUUCGUCGGCGUACAGCUGCACAUCACUCCGGCGGCAGCGGCGGCGGGCGAAGAGAGCGGUGCUGCGGUCGUAGGUGAAGGGCCGGCCAAACGAGGUCGGCCAUCGCGUCGGACUCGGUCGAUGGAGCAGCGCUACCCCGUUCCGCGCGAGUUUAUCAUGAUGGCCGUCGUCCUGGUGCUGGUCAAGAUGCGGUACGGCAUGGACGGACAGGGCCGGUACGAAGAUGUCGUCUACCCUGCCGUCGAAUUUGGCGCCUCCGAAGACGGGCAGCAGCAAGGCGACACCACCACGACCGGCGGGGAAGCUGGACCGAGCUUGGGCUUUGUGUCUGGGCUGCCGACGCUGAGGCGGUGGGUGACGGCGCUGCGGGAAACGUCCGAGGCCAAGCGGCACGAUGCGGCAUCGACGCACGAGGUGUACCGCGCCGUCGAGCCGCUCGACAUGACGCCGGGCGAGGUGGACGGGUACCUUUCGUUUCUCGAGACCAACCUGAUCCUGCCCAACCCUUUGGCGCUGUACAACUGGCGCCGGACGGCCGAGCGCGACGACCUGCUGUCGUUCGGACGGGCCAUGGACCUUUCCUCGUCUUUGGCGGGACAAUUUGACUCGGUGUCAUCGUCGGCUUCAUCUCCUCGACCUGGAGGGGGAGGCGGGUAUGAAGCGAAGCGAAGUCGGCCCAGAUGGUCGUCGACGAACGUACAUGGGGUCUCCAAUUCGCCGUCGAACUCGUUGAAGACGAGAUCCUCAAACGAUUAA